AUGAGUCUCUGUUUGGAGAAGCAGAAAAUCCGAUGCGGUAUGCUCAGCCGUACCGCUCGUCACAUUGCCAUCGAUGAGAAUGGCGGAAAAAUGGCGGUGGUGAGGAAAUCGAGAACCCCGGACACCCACGACUACAUUGAAUUCUACAACAUCCUGUCCAGCUGGCUAGCCGUUCCCGAGCUCACAGUCUGCCCCGAAAAUGGCUCCAUCGAGAAUCUGCUCUUCGUGAAAAACGGAGAACUCAUGACAGCCCAUGCGAACGGUUCCGUCUGUUUCAUCGAUCCCCAUAACAAUGCGAGAGUCAAAAGAAUCCAAAUUUCCGCCUCGACCAUCUGGGCAGCCUGUAAGCAUGGAGACACCAGCAUCGCGAUGAUUUCCCACUCGUCUGUCCUCUAUUUCUUCGAUGUCUCCUCCAAAAUGAUCACUUCUUCCAUCUCAUUGGGUGUUGAGAGUCGUCUAUUCGAUGUCUCCAGUAAUGGAACCCUCGUUGCCAUCGGAUCAAUCGAUGGAGUGAUUCUAGCAGGCGAUGGGAAGGUUCAACAAACCCUAAAACUCGAUAGACAGAACAGAAGAGAUCCUACGAUUGCCUGGUCGGUCCUCUUCGUAAAACCAAACCUCCUGGCUUGUGGAGACUCCCGGGGUACCGUAACCCUUUGGAAUGUUCAAGAUGGCUCUCUUACCCAAACCAUCUCUAGCCUCCAGUCCCAUAUCCUGACUAUGGUGGCUACAGAAGACGGCUCAUUCCACGUGGCUGGUGUGGAUCCAAGAAUCACGGAACUCAAGGAGACAGAUGGUCAAUUUACGAUUGUGAACAGAAGAAAUGGGCCAGUGAGAGAUGUGAGAUCGAUGGCAGUCUAUGAGAAUACGGUAUACGCGGCUGGAGAGGAUUUUGACAUUUUUGUGGGGAAAUCGGGAUGUAGGAAACUGCUUUUGCAUCAACAGAAGAAUCUAAUUGUGUCUGGAGAUGUGGUGGCAAGUGCUGGCGAGAACUUUAUCGAUGUGUUCUGGAAGCAGCAAGGAGAGGAUGAGCCGACGGAGGGGUCGAAUGUCUUGCAGAAUGGAUUUGAAGUCAGAUUACUUGAAAUGAGAGAAAAAAAUAGCAGAAAACUUCAAAUUUCUGAAAAGUGUCCAGAAAUCAUUAAAAGUAAUCCAAAAAACACAAAGAAAAAUCCCAGAAUCCAUGAAAAUAUGUCUGAAAUUGAUGAAAAAUGCUGCCAAAUCUAUGAAAAUGAAAAAAAAAAUCAACACUACGAAAUGAUUCAUCUCGCCAAAAUCUACUCACCCAAAAAACGAAUCAUCACAUCGUGGAGCAUCUCUUCAUGCGGUCAAUACCUUGUGAUUGGCACUUCCAACGACACAACCAUCUACAAAAUCCUUCCGUUGGCCAAGAAGUUGAGCAAGAAGAUUCUGAAGCACGCCACGUUGGAUGGAGGGGAUUCUAUUGCCACGUCGUUCUGUGUCACCAGAGAGAAUCGGUUGUAUGUGGCGAGGAACGAUUUUGAGAUUGUGGAGUACGAUGUGACGAAGGAGAAUGGAAAGGAGAAGAGAGUGGUGAUUAGUCAGAACGACUGUGGAAGUGUGAUUCGAAUGUCUGCGUCUCCAUGUGGAAAGUAUCUCUGCGUGCUGACAACUCGUUCCCAGGUGUUCGCAAUCUCUGUGGAAUCCGGCGAGUCUCGACUCCUAAAAGUGGAUCUUCCCAUCGAUUUGAUUCUCAACUCCACGUCGGCAUUCGUUUUGUCGUCGAUCACUUCUGGAGACUCGAAUCAGGACACGAAGAAGGUCUUCCAUGAAGUUGGCCUCUCGAAUGGACUCGUCAAAAGAUCGGCGUGCUCGAAUCAGUUGAGAAUGAUUCCGAGUAGCCCCAAAUCGAUUGUACCCGGACAGCCGAUCUAUGUGAUGGCAAUCACUGCGUCUAGGAUCAUGACGGUGUCGUAUGAUGGGCAUUGGUCCAUUCUUGAUGUGGACGCCGGAACCGUAUUUUCUGCCCAAGACGGACCCCUGAAAGCCAACAAGAAGGCGAUCCAAUCCGACCGGCCCGCCCUUCUCUACACUGGAAUUCGUUUAAGAGAAGAAUCCGAAUCUUCUGCUUCUGAUUUUCAAAGUGCUGCUCCAGCCAAAAGAACGAGAAGAACAUCAGUGAGAAGCAGUGUUCCAGACGCCUUCCAGUCUCUGAAUAGUCGUGUAGUCCAAUUGGAAGUCAGUGGAGAUGAGACCCCGAAAACCGCCAAUUUCAAAUUGAAGAAGUUCGGAAUGCAGUAG